AUGCAAGUAGACCUGUCGAAGCUACUUAAUGUCUUUUGGGUCGACCAACCCGUCACCUUCCACGGCGGCGCAUCCGCCUUCAUCGACGACUACUUCCGCUGGCGAGUAGGUCGGUCAGCUGAAGACAACCUAGCCAAGAUCCAAUCUGAAGACAUCCCCCGCAUUGAAGCAUGGGCCCGUCGAACCGGGUCCUGCUUCGCAGCAGAGAAAACCGAGCUCAUUCAUAUCACCAGGAAACGAAGCGAACAGCUCCAGGGACAGGUGGCUAUUAACGGGAAGACAGUUGAAGCGUCGCCCACGGCCAAGCUGCUGGGCGUGAUUUUCGACCAGGAGCUUCGCUGGAAAGAACACGUCCAACAAGCGAUCAAACGAGCAAUCAAGGUCAGUAUUGCUUUAGGCGGGCUGCGGCAUUUACGCCCAGAACAGAUGCGACAGCUCUACCAAGCCUCUAAAUCUUCAUCCUCGGGGAUCUGA